AUGUCGAUGAACAAGAUGUCGCGGCCCAAGCCGCCUCCGCCCGGCACGGAGGAGGCUUCGGCGACGCUGAACCUUGGCGAGUUCCAAAACGUCGACACCCUCACGCUGUCGGAGGCGUCGCUUGUCCUCAACGCCCUCGUCGCCAAACGGCGGAACGACCGCAAGAACGUGAACGAGACAGAAAUGCUGAACCAGACGCUCAAUUACCUGGAUCACUUUGCCCGAUUCACGCAAAAAGAGAACGUCGAGGCCGUCGAGCGCCUGCUGAGCUCCCACAAGGACUUGGCCAAGUUCGAGCGCGCCCAACUCGGCUCUCUGUGCUGCGAGAACGCCGACGAGGCCAAGACGUUGAUCCCUUCCCUGCAAGACAAGAUCAAGGACGAGGACCUGCAAGAGCUCCUCGACGAAAUCUCCAAGCUGCAGAAUCGGUAG